CAAAUCAAGCCGAUGACUUUGUUCGGUAGUGUCUCGUCGAUCGUUGCCUUACGUAAAUUGCUGUGAAUAAUAUUUUGGAUUAUUCGUGUAAACCGAUCUGUUCCGUGAUAUUUACUUUUACACGAAAAAUACGGAUUGUCAGGCCAGCUUUAACAGCUUUUUCAUCGACACGUUAUCAGUGGGCGCGUUGAGCGGCACAAGCGGCGUGGGCCUCCCCACGCUGGUAUCGGAUUCAACGCUGGGUGCCGUGGAUAUGGUCCAGGAAGGGGAGACUGGCGCGGGAAGCGAUGGUCUUAUCGCUCCGCGUCGGUUGCCCAACCCGUAUCUAGAAAGUCCGCAGCGCAUGGAUCUGCAUAGGGAAUUGCUCUUCAAUCAAAGGAUAGGAAAGAAUGUCCUUAAUCAAAAGAGUGAACUACAGAAGGCGCUUUCAAAACACAAAGAAAAGCAGAUUAUGAAUCAAGUUAAGGAACACAGGGAAACGCCAGAACUGGAACGGGCUAUAGCGGAGAGGGCACGUCGGCUAGAACAAGGCGAACAGAGCACAGAUGAAAUAGAACCUGGAACUAAUCCGACGCUGCAGGAGGUGCGCGCGCGGCUGCGACAUGCUGCAUCGCCAUCUCCUGCUGCUUCCGCUCAUUAGUUCUAUACCUAUAUAGUACCUUACAUCAAAUACAUAUUCUUACCUAUUUUUAAGAGUAUACCGAAGUCUAGUAAUGUCUGCAAUUUUUGUCAAUUGUCACAACUUUACUUUCCACAGCUUGUUUUCAUAAGUACAGAGUACAAGUGCACUUACAUAUAUAGAUGAACUUAUAUUCCUCGAUUAAUUUUAAAAAUGUCUAUAAAUCUUAAAUUGGCAUUUUAUUUCCACUUCACAUCUGGGUAUUUGUUUAUAUUCUAUUUUGAAAGUAUUGUAUGAUGGUUAAGUGGGAGUCGUUAUAUAAAUAUAAUGUUUUAUGUCACUAUAAGAACAUUUUUAUAAU